AUGGAGUUGGAUGGACCCUUUGAUUCAUGAUUCAAGGACAUUUCUGUUUGUACAAAUACAUAGGUACCUAAUGUACAUCACAUCAAUUCAAUUUGAUGCAUGUAGCUCGAUGUGAUCAAGCCACACUAUUAGCUAAUUGUGGCGUCUCUAGUUUACAUAGAUGUACCUCUCAUUGAACUUGCCGUGGCCCGUAACCUCGAUCUCAUACAUGUAACAUGUACCUAACUAGCUCUAAUCAUAGAAAACCACGAAUAUAUUAAAUAUAUUAAAAAAGAGAAAGAAGAAGUGGAAAAAAAAAGAGAAAUAAAAAAGCUCGUACUCGUCAUGGAAGUUGAUCACAUCGACGUGCUCCUGGAGCGUCAUCUCCACCUCCUGCACGAAUACACGACGCUCAGGGAGCAGCUCAGCAGCCUGCAAACAGGCAUAUACCAAAACAUAGCACGCGCCAACUUCGCCGCCGAGCGGGGGAUGCGGUUCGGCCAGGACUGCUACGACGAGCGCAUGCAGGCUUCGAGGAGAGUAGCCAUAACUAUCCCACCAACCGGCAACGACGGCCAGCAGCAGCAGCAGGAUAUCCCGGUGUUUGCUAUUACCGGCGGGUCCAAACCCGCCGCCUCUGAAAUCCCGGGGGAGGAAGGAGGAAGAAGUAUUGCGGAUGAUAGCGGCAGCGGCGUUGUCGUCGGGGAGGAGGACGACGACACGAGUAACGGAGGAGAGGGAGGAAAAGAGAAAGAAACUCUCAAACCUCCCCAAAACCAACGCCAAAAAGACCCGCUGCGCUGGUUCGGUCUCCUCACGCCGAUGCCCCUGCGUCAAGCGCAGGCGCAGAGCAUCCAGGCCGUCGAGCAAGUCGUACCCCGACUGGCCUCUGUCAACGCACAGAUGGCCGAGGUCGAGAUCCAGGUUCGCAGGGCCCGGAAGAAGCGUGCCAAGGCCGAGGCCGCCGCUGUCAAGCUGGGGCGGGAAGGAGAUGCCGGGACGGAGAUUGCGGCGUGAUGGGCAUAUGACGACGAAGUAGCUACACACGUGGUGCUGCUUGAU